GCAUGCGCUGUAUGUCUGUACAUGCGUAGUGCUCCAGGGCGGCGGAACAGGGUGACCCUGAGUAUUGAAACCCUGUAGCGAUGCUGAGCAGGUUUCUAGGCCCGCGCUACCGGGAACUGGCCAAAAACUGGAUCCCCACGGCCAGCAUGUGGGGCACUGUAGGUGCCGUGGGACUGGUGUGGGCCACCGACUGGCGGCUGAUCCUGGACUGGGUGCCUUACAUCAAUGGCAAGUUUAAGAAGGACGAUUAGGCAGCCCCUCCCCAACACAGGCCUCAAUGGUAUCACAUGCUGAGGCCUCACAAACAGCUCAGUCCUGUGGAGGAUGCUGAUGGCCGGACACUGAGGAAGUCUGCAUGGCUGGGGAGCUUCUGCAUCGAUGGACACUGGGGCUCCCUUGAUGGGUGCAGCAUUAAACCUUGUUACACCUCGGU